AUGCAGAUUUUCGUGAAAACUCUGACUGGGAAGACCAUCACUCUUGAGGUCUGUAAUUAUAUGUUUAUGACACGUGCAAGUUAAGAAAGUGUUUUAGGUGAAUUUAUCCACCGAACAGUUGUCUUUUCGUUUUCGCAUCUUUUUUUUGCAUAAGGCACUUGAAUCUUCUUCUUGAAGUGGUUGGGAAGUUUCCUAUUUUUUGUUUCCUUGAUACGACUGUCCAUGAUCGAAGAAAGAGUCAAUCGAUGUCUUCAAAUGCUCCUAAAUCUACGUCAGUUUCUUGGCUUUCCUUAAAAAAAAGGGAUGAAUCUUGGAACCGCAGUCCCUGAAUUUUACUCCUUACAAACUAAAUUGAAUGAAAAACUAACACAGCUCGCAGACUUAAACUAGACUCCUUACAGGCCUGUCAAUGUUUUUGAGACAACAAACACUUCCUUGGGAAUCACAAAACUUAUUAACAGUAGAAGUAUUGAAGAAAGUGUUCCUCAAAAGUCACCACUAAGAUGGCAAUAAGUGGCGCGGUAUUCUGUAGAAAUUUGUGCAUGGUAAAACAAUAUUUAACCCAAGUUAAACAUUUAAGUAAGAUGAUCAUGUUAGGCUGUGAAUCGAGACCAGGGAAAGUGUCAGUAAACUGGCUUGUCAAUUUAUUUCAUUUAAGUUUUUUUAUGCUACCCUCUUGAGCAAACUUCUGUUCAAAUGGAGAAAUUAUGAAUACACCUGUUGAUGGUUAAAAGUGGCUGCUGGAGAAUGAGGCAUCCAUGCAGAAUGCAAAGAUGCGUUUCAUGAAAUGAGUAACCUUAAUUUCUACUGGUCCUCAAAGAUUCAAUAUACAAGAUUGUUUUUGAAUACCAUUGGUAUUUGUUUUUUAGGUUGAACCCAGUGACUCAAUAGAGAAUGUGAAAACAAAGAUCCAGGACAAAGAGGGUAAGGAGAAGAGAUGUAAGCUAAAUGAAAGAUUUAAGUUCUUUCUGUUUCUUUGGAUGUACAUUAUCAUGUACACACCUGUGUGGAUUUUUCUUUUGGCACAAGAAAUAAGUUUACUGAGAACACCAUUUACCUUAGGAAUCCCUCCUGACCAGCAACGAUUGAUAUUUGCUGGCAAGCAGUUGGAAGAUGGACGUACCCUCAGUGACUACAACAUCCAGAAGGAAUCAACUCUUCACCUUGUGCUGCGACUGAGAGGAGGAGCAAAGAAAAGGAAGAAGAAGAACUAUACCACCCCCAAGAAGAUCAAGCACAAGAAGAAGAAGGUAAGAGUCGUGUCUAAUUUCCUGUGUAAAGAAUUCCCAGGAACAACAGAAUUUCACUUUAAAGUAUUGAUACAUUGCCAAGCAGGCAAGUGAUGAGUGUAAAGAAAAAUAUCAAUCAGGGGAUUAUAGAAUGAUCCAUUACCAAAUUCUCUGAACAAACAUCAUAAGAACUGUCUAGUAGAUAGUAAGGAGAAUUAUCAAUGAUAUCUUAGGAGUAGAAAGUUUAUCAAGUAUUACUGUGACAUCAUGAUCUUCAUAUAUCUAUCAGUGUAAAAUCUUAAUUGGAAAAAAAAAAACUAUGACACAUGAGUGAUAGACAUCAUCAAAAUAACUUUAACUGCUAACAAGCUUUCUUCAGUGCUGAGUAGAAUGAGGCUUUUCAUUCCAAGAUCUGAAAAUUUCAAUUUCCUUACUAUUUACCAUUUAUUUCUUUGUUGUCUGGUCCAAAGAAUUCGGCAAGAUAUUAAAACAAUUUAUUCCUUAGUUUCCUUUUCAGAUUUCUCAUUACCUGUUCAUUAGAACUUUUUUUAAACUGUUAGAAUAAUAUAUAAUAAUGACUUGUAAGAGAGUUGCAGAAGUGAAUGUUUUUUUCUGUAGAAUUCAACAUUUCCUUGUUGUACUUUAGAUUGUAUGCUAACCAUACUUUACUUCUACAUCACUAGGUUAAGCUAGCUGUCCUGAAAUACUACAAGGUGAAUGAAAAUGGAAAGAUCACUCGUCUUCGACGGGAAUGUCCAAAUGAGUCAUGUGGCGCUGGAGUUUUCAUGGCCAGUCACUUUGAUCGCCAGUACUGUGGAAAAUGCUGUUUAACGUAUGUGUAUAGCAAGGCACAGGAAGGCAAAUAG